GCUGAACGAUGAAGGUGCAGCCAAGGACCAGCAGCAGGCCCUCCUCGCAGACCUGCACGCGAUAGCAGAGGGCGCCCUCGUGGACCCAGGGACGAUCAGCAGGGUAGCAGAGGAGGUAAAGAGCAUGGCCAAGCUGCUCACAAAGGCGGUGAAGAAGGCGUACAUCCACUGGGUGCACGACGCCACGGCAGGCAGUGCGAAUAUGGCCCACGCCUACACCAAAGCAGCGGAGCGCAGCCAUCUGGAGGACAUCCUAGAGCACGAGGGCCAGGUCAUCAACCACCCGCGGCAGCUGGUGGACCUGCGCAAAGAAGCAUGGCAACGCAGGUGGACACGAGAUGCGCAGAAGGCCGAGAGGAUCCAAGAGGCGUUGGCCAAGUUGAGGCAGGCUUCCCUGGCCCAAGAGAAUGCCCUCGAGCCCAUCAGCAAGGACAUCAUAGGCCCCAUCAUCCAGCACCUGAAGAGCAAUGCAGGCCAAGGAGCGGACUGGUGGAGGGCUCCAGGGCUCAAGGCCAUGGGAGCCCAGGGGCUGGAAGAUUUCGUGCAGUGCCUGACCAGCUGUGAGCAACGGGCAGCCUGGCCGUGGCAAUUCUACCUGGUGCUGGAGCUGCUGCUGGGUAAGAAGCCAGGAAUAGGGGGAGAGCGCCCCAUCGGCCUCAUGCCCAUGCCGUACCGCAUCUGGAGCGCAGCCAGGAGGCCCAUAGUAGCCACCUGGAGUAAGGCAGCGGCGGGCUUCUGGGAUGCGGCAGUAGCUGGCUCCUCAGCGCUACGAGUGGCAAUGCACAGACUUAUGGGGGCAGAAGCCGCCACGGAGAUGGGCUUUCAUGCAGCAGGAGUGUUCUACGACGCGGCAAACUUCUACGACAACAUAGGCCUCGACCAGCUGAUCGAGAAGGCCAGUGCCCUCCAGUACCCGUUGCUGCCGCUGGCAAUGGCCGUGCAGAUGUACCUUGCGCCCAGGGCCAUCAUGGCCCACAGCCUCUUCUCGGACAUCUUUGAGCCUGCCAACAGCAUGGUAGCAGGCUGUGGCCAAGCGGUCUUUGACCAGAUCAAGCACGUGGCGGCGCUGGUGCACGAUGGUUUCAAGCAGCUCGCGAUCCCCAUCUCUGUCAAGACGGCAGUGGUGGCCUCGGACAAGGACCUCCAGGCAGAAGUCGCCAGCAUCCUGGACAGCCUGGGCACCCCCAACAAGCAACCAGGGGUAGUGCGCGACCUCGGCGUGGACACCAGCCUUGGAAAGCAGCUGCGGCGACCCACCCAUGCCGCGCGCCAGGCCAAGGCCAAGCAGAGGGUGGCCAAGCUCAGGGACCUGGCGAAGACGGACGCCAGAGGCGCGGCAAAGGUCUAUGCAGCAGGUGCCUACUGCCAGCAGGCUUGGGACUUACCAGCGCACGGCAUCACGCCCACGGAGGCGAAGUUGGUCAGGGCAACGGAGGCAGCGCUCCUCACAGGCGGACACAAGGCUGGACGCUGCACGUCCACCAUCCUCCUGAUCCAGAGGGGUAUGCAAGAGGCAGUAACCCGAGCCAUCGGCGACCAGAUCAAGCAGUUCUGGCUCACCGUAGUCGACCACCCGACGGAGCUCAAGAGGUACCAGAGGGGCUGGCUCCUGCUCUACGCCAAGCUGGGCGCCCUGGAACCCAACCGCAGGCGUAAAGGACAGCAUGCAGAGGCAGCCAUGCUGGAGACCAUAGCGGUGGCGGGCAUCUGGACCAGGGAGCGUCGCAGGGCGGCCAACCUCAACCAAGAAGGCGAUGACACCUGCGCGAGAUGCGGCGAGGCGAUAGAGACAGAGGAACACCGCUACUACGCAUGCCCUGCCAACGCAGAAAUAGGGCACAGCAAUGACACCGACCUGGCGAAGAAGGCGAAGGACGCGCUGGACCAGCGGCAGGACCUGCAUUUCUGGCUCCGAGGCAUCCCGCCAGCGGCCUGGGCAGCCAAGGUCGACCCAGACGAGGACGCGGCGAAGGCGGCGCAGAUCUUCUGCACCAGCGAAGAGGCACAAGCUGCAGCCCAGUCAGGGCACAAGGAAGUGGCUGCCUGGUGCGGCACAAUCAGGGCACCGCACACGGUGCCACGGGCAGAGCUCACCGCCACGAGCAAAGCCAUCGGGUACACCACGGCGGCGACAGCCAGGGGGCUCAACAUAGUCAGCGAUUGCAAAUACGCCCUGGACGCACCCAAGCAGAUCCAGGACCCUGAGGAUCUGGACUACAGGAGCACGAACUACGACCUCUGGCUCCAAACGAAGCAGCAGCUACAGAACAGCACGGACACCAUCAUGGGCCACCACAUCCCGAGCCACCUGAUUGAGCACCCAACCGAGUUGGAGAGGUGGAAUGGUCACACCUGGUGGGUCAUAGGUAACGAGAUGGCAGAUAAGUGCGCAGGCUGGGGGGCGGAGCACGGAGCACUGGAUCCAGCUAUCAUCGUGCAGCAGCAGAUCAGAGACCAGAUCACCAUGGCGGUGCAGAACCGACCGCUGGCCAUCAACAUGGCGGCGAUGGUGGAGGACCCCAACAAGGCCCCUCAGCGCCCCAAGGCCAAGCGGCGAAAGCCGCAGACGGCGAGGGACAGGGCAGCCCAGCAGGGACACGACCUGCGAAAACUACAUCCGCGAUGGUGGUGUGCAACGUGCCGCAGUGGCCCAGCCAAAGGACAAAGCAUCAGAGACUGGUUGGCAGAGACGGGAAAAUGCCUCGGGAAGUACGGCGGCCACCAGGACCAGCACGGCAACGUCAGGCUCGACUUCACGGCGGUGCAGAUCGGCACGCAGGUGGUGCAUGGCUCCCACAAGACGCAGUACACCCAUGGCUGGCUCUGGUGCGAGAAAUGUGGCGGCACCAGCUACCUUGGGGACCACAAGAGCAGGAUCGCGGCAGGAGUGGCAAGGAAGCUGGCAAGGCCAUGUCAGCCCCCAACAGCAGCAGGGCGGCGAGUCUUGGAGGACAUGCAGAGGGGUAAGCUGCCUAGAGGAGCUAAGCCAGCAGCAGACCCAGCUGAAGAGGGUCUCGACGAGAUCACCAUGCCAGGUGACUUCAAGCUCGGCCUGAGUAACCACGAGGUGAUCGAUCUGGACGGGGACAGCUCAGAGGCAGGGGACCCGCAGCCAGCUCCGCAGCAGCCACCCAGCCAUCCGUACUCUGUCGUCCACGCCAGCUUGAGGCUCGUCGACCACAUGGAGGGUUACGCAGAGCUGUGGAUGAACAUGGUCGACCAAGAGGUCUGGGACGAUAUGGACGACUGGAUGGAGCACUGCGUACCGUACCUCCUGGCCAUCACCAAUGUGGGCGGCAGAACGGACACGCAAGAGCAGACCAGGGCCAUCACCGAGCAGGAGAUCCAGCAGAUAAAGGACUUCUGCGAAGAAGUCUGGCGCAACACGCACCGCACGCGACGGAGGCUCAUGACCAGGAUGCUUACCCUCCCGUAUGGCACAUGGCAGCAGGCAGCUAGAGUGCACAUGGACGCCUUCCACAACAGAAGGAACAACAUCAUAGCGCACAGCAUCCCCAGCUGUGAGCGCAGGCCGCUGCCGAGAACAGCGGAGGCCAGCCGAGAGUGGUCACCAGAGAACCUGGACGAUGAUGAUUCGACCCCAGACAGUGAAGCCCCAGAGCUGGAGGGUGAGCCGAGCAGCCAGGAGAUGGAGACCAUGGCGGGACCUGAUCAGAGGCACGACGCCAGCAGCCUGAUGCAGACGGCAGUGCAGGUGGCAGUAACGCUGACCAAGCCAGUGGGGCCCGACCUGAUGAAGUUCGUGAGCGAAGCUGACGAGGCCGGCUUGCUCCACCCAAGGCUUCGACACAACAAAGGAGAAGCUGACCAGGACCCCGAGCAGGAGGUGGCGUGGCUCGAGAGGAACAGGCUCGAGCAGCUCAUGCAGUCGUUGGCAGGCUGUUGGAGCCAGAAAGAGGGCGAGCUGGGCUGGCCAUCGUGGCAGGCCGCGUGCGUGCCCCAUGUGCUGAGGGCGCUGCAGACUGGCGUCUAUCAGAGGCUUUUCAGCCACGUGUCAGGGACGAGCCGCCAGCGCAGCCAGCGCCGAGCGGCGGAGGAGAUCUGCCGCCUGGCAUGGCUCAACAGCGGAGAGGAGCGCAGACAGAUCCAGCAGCAGGACCCGAAGGAGGCAGAGCGGCGCAGAGCAACGGCUGAGCAGAUCCUGGGCGUGACUGAGCCAGAGGUGAGGAGCCGCAGACGCAGCACCAAGGACAUGGCAGACCUCGACCACUUCCCUGAAGAGGAGAACAGAGAGGACAGCCCCCAGCAGGCCGCAGACAAGCAAAGCAGCGAUGACGACCACCAGCAGUUCCCAGAUGUACAGCACAGCAUAGGGUACCACCUGGCAGACCGCAGAG